GAUCCAGCUGUGCUGAAGAGGAAAGCUCAACAUCUGCCCAGAGAGCUGCAGGUGUUCAACACAGAAUUAUCCAACUCCCUCCUGCUGAUGGCAAAGAUGAGCUGGGCUGCAGGUACACAGUGUGUGGCCAAGGGCGACCACAGCAAACCCAAACCUGGUGAACUGGCUUACCACAAAGGAGACAUCCUCACUAUCAUUGAUGCCAGCGCGAAGAAGGGAUAUUACAAUGCCAGACUCAACACCACAGGAGAGGAGGGACUCAUAAACUCCACCAACGUGCGGGAAAGAGAGGCUCUACGUGUCGACCCCAGCCUCAGCCUCAUGCCUUGGUUUCAUGGUAAGAUCUCGGGUCCAGAGGCGGUGGGUAAGCUGCAGCCCGCCGAAGACGGCCUGUUCUUGGUUCGAGAGUCCAUCCGCCAUCCCGGCGACUAUGUCCUGUGUGUCAGUGUCUCUGGAGAUGUUAUCCACUACCGGGUGAUUUAUCAGGACAAGCAGCUGACCAUUGAUAACACACAGUAUUUUUACAACCUCAUUGACAUGAUAGAGUUCUACUCAAAGAACAAAGGCUCCAUCGCUACAACUCUUCUGAAGCCCAAACAAAAACAAGGAACCAAGUCAGCUGAGUUGGAGCUGUCCAAAACUGGAUGGCUGCUGGACAUUGCGAAGCUCAAACUGGGAGAGAACAUAGGAGAGGGGGAGUUUGGUGCUGUUUAUGCAGGAGACUACAUGGGCCAGAGGGUGGCGGUAAAGAUAAUUAAAUGUGAUGUCACAGCUCAGGCCUUCUUGCAGGAGACCACAGUCAUGACGAAGCUCCAGCAUAAAAACCUUGUGCGACUGUUGGGGGUCAUUCUUCACAAAGGGCUUCAUAUUGUCACAGAGCUCAUGACUAAGGGAAACCUUGUCAACUUUCUCAGGACAAGAGGACGCUCAGUUGUAACCUCAGUUCAGCUGCUCUGCUUUGCUCUUGAUGUGUGUGAGGGGAUGGAGUACCUGGAGUCCAAGAAGCUGGUUCACAGAGAUUUGGCAGCUCGUAACGUGUUGAUCUCUGACGACAACUUGGCCAAGGUCAGCGACUUUGGUCUGACCAAGGUGGACUCGAAGGUGUCAGAUAACGCCAAACUGCCGGUUAAAUGGACCGCCCCCGAAGCUCUGAAGAAAGAGAAAUUCUCCACAAAAUCAGAUGUUUGGAGCUACGGUGUUCUGCUGUGGGAGAUCUUCUCCUACGGUCGUCAACCUUAUCCUAAGAUGUCUCUGAAGGAGGUGAAGGAGAGGGUGGAGGGGGGCUACCGCAUGGAGGCUCCAGAGGACUGCCCCCCCGUUGUUUACUCCAUGAUGAGGAUUUGCUGGGAGCAGGAGCCACGCAAAAGACCUGCUUUUCACAAACUGAGAGAGAAACUUGAGCGAGAGAUGGGUAAACGCAGCCCGGCCUCUGAUGGGAUCAGGUCUGGAUCUGGAUGCUGAUCUUGGUUGUGAGUCUUUGAGCUGACAAUGGUGGGAAUAGACUUGCGACUGAUGGACAGGUAAUACGCACAUUGUUACCCGCCUCACCAAGAUGGCCCAGUGGAGUUCCUAUUGGAUUUCCUUCAACUUAGCGGAUGGGACAAGACGACCAUUAUGUAACUCUGGUCAUCAUGUAAUGCUGAUGAGAAAGGGUUUAGCGGUUAGAGCCAUGAAUAUACUAAACUUUGCUUUAGUGGCUCUGUGACUUUGGUCCAUUGCCAUGAAACUUUGUACAGACAUUCAUGGUCCCCAGAUGAUCCUAAAUUACUUUGGUUAUCCCCUGACUUUUCCUUUAGCACCACCAACAGGUGGGUCAAGUCCAAUACAGUCACACCCAUCCGCAAACUUGGUUCUCAUUUUGACAACAGUCAAGUGUGACUGCAUUUUGCACAGUUGUGAUCCUAUCGUAUUAACAGAAUCUUUCCUGGCACGCCUGGGAAAGCACUCAAAACCACUUCUGUGGUAGUUCCUGCUACAGUAGGCGUCUACAGGACAACAUUCUGCCAUAAUGACACACAUACAGACUCACAAGGUGAAAAACUAGAGACGCUCCAUACCAGUAACGGGUCGGAUACUGUGCUCAUGUACUGAUACAUCUGCACCUGAUACCACUACGGCAAUGCAAUGUUAACCCUCUCGUCAGUUGAGCCUAAUAAACUGCCCAGCUCCAACAAUAACCUGAUGCACAAAGCGGUAAAAUACGUCAAAACAAGCAGCUACCAGUUCACCGGUCAAAGAGAGUUGGCCGCCACAAUGUUGCAUACGUUGUCGUGGACAAAUGCAGCCUUAAAGGUGAACCAGCUAUUCUCCUUUAAGUAACACGCUGCGCCGCUUUCAGCUGUUUACCUGAGAAGGCAAAGAACUAUUCUUCCUGAUACGUUUGUAUCAGGAAAACACAAUUUUAAUUGUUAAAAUGUGAGCAACAGCAUUAUGCUGUAUAUUUGUCACAAUCAGAAAGUGAGCAACAUCUGGUGAAAAUAAAACAUGAUUUUGAAAGUAUUUGUUUAAACUGUAAGGGUAUUAUUUAGUACUUAUAUCAGUAUUCUGUAUCGUCAAUAUCGUCAAGUACUUGCACUGUGUCUGAAAAAAGUGGUAUUGGUGUAUCCCUAGUGAAACACAAAGUGGGCUCUCAAAUGGCCACUUACUCACUACCUAACCCCUGCUUACGGCGCCUUUGCUCAGAGCACACCCAUCUUUGAACUCGGCCUUCAGUUUAAUCUCAACUACAUACCUGCUAAAUUUUGUGACUGCACCCUGCACAGUCAACAAAAUCUGUCCACAUAAACACCCGGCAAAUAACUUAAAACAGCUUCUAUGGUAGUUCCCGUUACAAUACAUCAACUGGGAUUUAGUGUCAGUAUUUUGCCUUAUAAAUAUGGUACCUGUAUGAUCAAAGAUCUACGUUAUGCAUGCAGAGUAAACACAGGUUAUUUGUAUUUAAUGUCAGGGAGAGACAUCAGAGGAAGAUCAAUCAUGCAUAUGGGAGAGGAAAAGGAAAAACUUUAUCCUGGAUUUAAUCACACAUCACCCAAAUCUGCUUGUGUCCCGGCGUUGAAGUUCAACAAUAUGCCAUAGAUUCAGGGCUUAAUAUAAAAAAUAUCUAAUAUUUAAUGUUAUUGCUGAUUUAUAUUGAGAUAUUAAUUUACAUACUCUUAAAAAGCAGUCAGCAUUUUGCUUGUCUGCAGGGAAGAUGUGGUUUUUCAUUUGCAGCAGAUACUCUGUAUGCCUUUGGUUAAUUCAGUAGAUUUUUCACUUUGAAGAUGAACUUUCGCAUUCAACCUUUUUCAGAUUUGUUUGUGGAAACAGCCUACAGCAUACUGGGAACGGGGGCUUUGAUUCAAUUCAUUCAAAUGUAAUUUAUUCCUUAAGACUAAAUCAAUGGGAAAUACGGCAUUUAUUACUACUUUCUCUUCCCUCUUUAUGAGGAUUUAGAGAUUAGAAGAGUGACUUUGUGUUAUCCACCGUCCUCUUGGGAUCUCUUGGGAUCUCUUUGGAUUUUUGCAGAUACAAAAUGUUUUCUGUAUUCCUAAUCUUUGGACAUUACAUUGUUAUUUUACAUAUACCUUCAUAUUUAUGUAUUAUAUUUAUUAAUGUAUAACAAAUUUCAACGUAUGUGAUUAUCAGUUGCUUUUUAAUAGAAAUACAAUAAAAUAUUUCUUUUACUUUCUGUUGAGACUAAUACACAUUCGGUUCUAAACUUAUCACGAAAUGAAGUCUCAUUUUUUGGAUUGAUGUCACGGCACAAGACCAAAUUAAAGAUGUCAUUUGACUUAAGUCUACGUAAGCCUGGUGUUUGUCUCUAUCCCGGGAGACGGAACCCAAAUUGAGGCUUGAUCCUCCGUCCCUUGUUAUUGUACAGUGCAAGCGAGGCUCCGCCACGAUUUGUUCAAUCUGCUCUGUGUUUUCCUCGAGCUCUCUAAUGGGAUGAGCAGCAAUUUUUCUGGACAAAGAUUUAUAAAGGAACCAAAUGUCUAAAAAAAAUGAUAAAAGAUUUGAUGGCGGAUGAGUUAUAUAUUAUCGAGUAAAGGAUUUUUUCUGAAUACCAGUGGUUAUUUCCUCUCUGUUUGUCAAUAUGUGUUUUUAUAAGAAUAUCAGGACAAAGCUUUUAUUCUGGUACUCAUAGUUUCAAUGUGAGUGCUCAGGAUGUUUUCUCAGAGGGUCUUAUAUCCUUGUGUGCUUUCUAAAGUGAUGACUUUCAGCUUUAAUUUGAGGAUGUUAACAUGUAGUUUAACACAUUUUAUAUAAACUGCAGCCCCCAAAUUAUUAGUGGACCAACUGUAAUAAAGAAGAUCCUUUAAGAUCCCCUUAAAAUCCUCAUAUCUAAUAUUUGGUGGCUGAAGUCUAUCACCUUUAAUGCCCGGACCGAAACCACCCUCAAUUUUUGCUUGAUGUCUGUGCCUGUUAAAGAUGUAUUAUAAGCCUCAUCAGCAGACUCCCAAGUGUCACUGUUCCCCUUCUUCCACUACUUAGAGACUGCACCAUGUAAGUUGUUUUUGUGGUCUUUGUACUGAUCCAAGAGGAGCCAAUGCGGCACAAGACAGGCAGUGGGAAAAGAAUAGCUGCACUUUAG